AAUGGAGAGCGCACUCGCAGCAGCCGAAGGACGCUAAAAUUAGGGAACUUUUCUUAAAAUAUCUCCACAGAAACUCGCGUAUUAUACUCGGAUGAAGCUCUAGAGUUACAUUGAAUCAAAUCUAGCAGUAGUUUGAGAACUGUCUUAUCUGUAAAGAGCGUCGGUUCUUGUAAACAAACCGGUUUCUUGGCUACGACAAAAGACUACACAGGCUUUUGCUAGCCGUUAGCUCGCAGGCUAGCACCAAGGUUUCACCCUCAUGGUUCUUGGAUUAUAAACUUGAGAAACCGACAUCAACAUGGACAAGGCAGACUUCUUAAAAGGACUUCCAGUCUACAACAAGAACAACUUCAGCAGAUUCCACGCUGACUCAGUUUGCAAAGCAUCAAACCGGAGGCCGUCAGUGUAUCUUCCAACUCGAGAAUACCCUUCAGAACAAAUCAUCGUCACAGAGAAGACCAACAUUUUGUUGCGGUAUCUGCACCAACAGUGGGACAAAAAGAAUACAGCCAAGAAACGGGAGCAGGAGCCGGCAGAGGGCGAGAACACGGCGCCCCCUCGUAAAAUGGCGCGCACAGACAGUCGAGAGCUGGGCGAGGAUUCAUGAAGUGAGCCGACGCCACGCCCGACCCACAAUGCACCAGUGUCAGAGCUGAUUAAAGCACACGGAAGCACAGCCCCUCUACCACAGAACUGCAGAGUGCGUGGUUCUGUUACCGUGGCAACGUUUGUGUUUUUCAAUUGCAGAAUCUCUUUUACGGUCAAACGUCAAUUUAAGUAAACACUCGAGUUUUUAUUUCACGUUUUUGUCACUCGCGCCGUUUGUCAGUUUGGCAUUACUGUUGCGAGGGUUAUGUUGAUAAGGAAAGCCAGGGCACUGAAGCAAAUGUAAUAACUUGAUAUACAUUUGUGCGACUAAAUAAUCAGCUAUGACAGAAUAAUUAAACUGCCACAUAGACAGUUGGAAGCUACACUGAUAUCACAAUGGAGCUCAAUAGUCCCACCCUCUCCCAAGUCCGUUUAAGUAGGACGUUUUCUGUUUAUUUUUCCCAUAGAAUUAAAAAAAAAAAAAUCAAAUAUUGAGACUACAAAAGCAUCGCGGAGGCUAACGCAGUGUGGCAACUAAUAUCAUAUAUAAUAACGCGGCUGUUUGAAGUCUAAAAAACACAUUUAAAACAAAAGAUUCAGCUAAAUGCUAAAAUAACUUAGUGGUUUAUAAAGUUUCAGAAACAGAUUUUAAAGGUGCAGUGUGUAACUUUUCUAGUGGAGGAUCCGUCAAAGACUUUCUCCAUGGUGAUGUUAUUGCUUCGUCUGGAAUGUUGUCACAGUAUGGUAUUAUGAAACCUUUCUAUCACCAUGGAAACCAAACCAGGUUACAGCUCAGAUCUGUGGAGAGGCAACCCUGCUUACAGUCAGGAUAUGUUUUUUUUUUUUUUGCUGUAUUUUUGAGCAAUAAAAUCUGCAGUUGAAUAAAUGUAAGAUAGAACUAUUUAAUGUCAUACUGUGGAACAUUUGAAGCAGAGCAACGAAACAAGCAGGUGAUGGACUCCCUAAUAAAAGUUACAUAGUGCACCUUUAAUUUAGUGUUUAGUCCUGAGCUUUCAAACUUUCAAAUAAAUAUUAUUUUUGUUUUCUGAAAGUUUAUGGGAAAAAAUAAAUUAGAAAGUUACUGGAACCAGAGGGUGGGUGUUUAUACUUUGGAGAGAAAGGUGUCUUGUCCAAAGACACAGCGGCAGUAUGAAAUCCAGGGAGACAAUGUUGUUUUGUUUUUUUUGUAAAUUUUUUCUUCUUGUAAAAAUUGUGUUCGUUAUGUGAAUUUAAUUUGCCAUUUCAAAAGAAGAAAAUGUUUAGUUUUACAGUGAAAGUGGUGUACAGUAAAUUUAAUGUAAAAAUGUUUUGUCCUAAUGCCUUAAGUAGACAUGUAUUUUAUUUUAUUUUUUUUAGAAUAUUCUGAGUUUACAAUGUUGUUUCCAGAGAAGAAGAAACAAAAGGAUUUUUUUUUCUUUUAAAUAUAAUUGUAGAGCCAUCAGCGCAGUGGCUUUGAAGGGCAAGUCAAAGCAAAUUUCAGAAUAGAAUCUUUUUUGAGACGAUAAAAUUGACAGAGAAGCUAAAUUUUAAGGAAUAACAAAACAGUAUAAAUAUUGUAACUGGUAAUUCAAAAAUUUUAUGUAAAUUUUUUCAAUUUACCUAAUUUGUGUUCUCAAUUAUUAUAUAUAUAUUUUUUAUUAUUUAUUUUUCUUAUGUUUUAUUUAUUUUGUUUGUUUUUUUUGCCCUAAAUUGUAUCCCUCUCCUGUAUCAUAAACAUUAACUGUCUUCACAUGACAUGACUGUUUAAUCUUGCCUUUCAGCUCCACUUAAAGUCAUAGGAUGCAUCAUUUUUAUUUUUUAUAUUUCCAAAUUUGUGCAGAAGCUGUAGCCCUGUUGUUUAGCCUGACAUUGUCCAGUGGCUGCAUUUUGUUUCAGUGUAUUUUAAAAGGCCCUAUAUUACGCAAAAUGAACUGUCGUGAGCUUUUAGCCAUAGUUAUUAUGUGGUUUCCUCAUCAAAAACAGACCUGGAGUUGUGUUUUGCGUUUAUUUCAUUUACACACAUCUGAGUAACACUUUAUUAAUUGUCUGUUUACAUCUCCAAAGCUCAAAAUGCUCUCUUCCACUUUGUGAUGUCACGUGGUAGUUUUCAAGUUAACAGCUCCUUUUAUCUUUUCUUCAGCGGAGAUUACCAGUUCCAAAUGUUUCUAGUGAAGGUGUAUGGAGUUUAAAAACACAAGUGGAGCAUUUGUGUUUUCAGUUUGAGAGAAGAACUCACUCUAUAUGUGCAGGUUUUGUGCGUUAAACGUGUGAAUGAAACAAAACACAACUCCAGGUCUGUUUGUGACGAGGAAACGACAUAAUAACACAGAUCAGAAAACGGCGUAGUGUGGGCACUUGAAUAGUAGCUGACCUCUCCGUAGCCGUUAAUGUGUAUAUUGUAAAUUUGUACAGGAACUUUUUUGACCAGGUUAAAUUCAGGGCUUGAUCUGAUAUUGUCUUCCCUCUUCCAGUUACACUGUCCUGUUUGAACCAAAGCUCCACCAGAUAAACUGUAGACUGCAUGGAUUCAUUCUCCACGUCAUUUUUACACCUUUUAAUUUUACAGGUUGCAGUUUCAAGAGCAUGUUUCGAUAUUUCAAUAAAAAAAUGUUAUGUUGAA